AUUAUAUACAAUCAUUAUCACCAGAACUUGAGAACUUUUUAUCAGAGCAUUCUCGAACAGUAUUUGUAACAUUUGGAACAUUUUUUUAUACAACAAAAGAAAAUAAUGAUAUUUUAUUAAAAGCACUCAUUGAAGCAAUUGAUAAAAAAAUGAUUGAUGGUAUAAUAUGGUCAUUAGGCAGAACACCUAAAGAAAAUUUACCAUCAUUUGAUUUGUUAAAUCCAACAAUGGCUAAACACCUUUACAUUGCAAAUCAUGUGCCACAGAUGGCACUUUUAGCACAUGAAAAUAUUAAAGUAAUUUUAAGUCAUGUAGGUCGAAACAGUUGUCAUGAAUUAUUAUAUUAUGGAGUACCAGUAUUGUCAUUUCCCUUAGCAUAUGAUCAAUAUGGAAAUGCUGAAAGAUUGGAAUCUCUUAAUGUUGGUUUAACAUUAAAUAAACUAUCAUUAAAUGUGCCUGAAAUUAUUGAAAAAUUAGAUAUAUUGUUAAAUGACAAAAAGAUUGAAAAAAGUUGUAAAAGAGCAAAAACUUUGGCUAGAAUCAACAGCAAAAGAAAGUAUAGAGCAGCAGAUUUAAUUGAAUAUAUGAUACAUGCAAAUGCUUUAGAUGAUAGAGAUGAAGAUGAUAAAGAUAUUGAUGGAUUGAUGAGAGAAUGGAUCACACCUGACACCAGAAUGGGAUUUUUUAAAGGAAAAUAUUAUGAUGUUUAUG